UAAUGAGUGUUACAUACUGAUGAGGAGCAAGCUGUACCAGUAUUAGGUGUCUGGUUAAAAUUGAUUACAGACAUGGAUAUGAUUCCAGUGAGAGACCCUGGUGGGGGUAAACACAAUGAUGCUGGUGUGGAACAGAAGGCUGCACAACAGAGGAGAAUGGUGUCCCGCUGGGACAGGGAUAGCCUAGAGGACAAAUACCUUCGUAUGUAUGAGGAAAACAUCAUCCUUAAAAAACAUGCUCGCAAGCAGGAGGACAAAAUUAAAAGGAUGGCUACUAAAUUAUUACGAUUAGUUAACGACAAAAAGAAGACCAAUGAAGUAGACGGAGGAGAAACAAGAGGUAAAAAAGUUAAGGAUGUGGAAAUGGAAGAAAAGAUUGAAGAACUAACAGAGAAAAUCCGUAACAUGGAGAAGCAAAAUGUGCAGCUGAAAGAAAAGUUGAUGUUGUCCAAACAGCAGUUGGCCACUAACAAGCGGUCCACUCCAUACAACCAUGUGGGAUCAAGGAUCAGCACAGGAAUUUCUCGCACACAACCUCAACCUGACUCCAGACUUACCAAGAACAUGAGAGUUACUGGCCCUAUGGACUCACCACCAGGGAGGAUGACGGGCAGUCCUACACAGCCAAGAUACGGCCACAGUUUACUGGAGAAUGCUAGGGCUGACCUCCACCACAAGGAUGACCAAAUAGCACAACUACACGAACAGAUGGAAAUGUAUGAAAUCGAGAUAGAGAACAUGAGACAGCAGCUGAGGUUAAAGGAAGCUGAGCAUGAGGAAGACCUAGUCAAGAUAAAACAGCAGAUUACUGCUGAGCAACGAGUGACUGUCCAAGAAAACAUUGACCUGAUUCGCCUACAACGUGAAGUGAAAGAGAGGUCCACACAGUAUCACACCCUGCAGGAGAAAUAUGUUCUUCUAGAACAGAACAUGCAGACAAUGAAACACAGCCAUGACAGCAUGCUGAUGGAAAUGGAGAGACUCAACAUGCAAGUGAAAGAGGAGCAGAAUCGUGUACUGACACUCCAGAAUGAACUCAAAUUUGGUACAACUAACAACAGGAAACUGAUCGAGUUGAAUGAACAGAUCAUGAGUCUGGAGAAGGAAAACCAGAUCCUUAAGGAAGCUAAUGAGAAGUUUGUCAGCAGUGCAUUUGACCUGGACAGAGAAAGAGAAUGGCGACAGAGAGAGAAUGCACUUAAAGUGCAGAUAGCCCAACUGGAGGCCACACUGAAGGCUGACCUUGGUGAGAAGGGUGGAAUUCUCGACCAGCUUGCUAGUGAGAAAGAGCAACAUGAGAAGCUUCAAGCCACUUUCAGACAGAUGCAAAUAGAACACUAUCAACAGAAGGAGGAAUAUGAUGAUCUCAAACAGAAGAUGAAAUUCUUCACAAAGGAAAGUGCUAUAGAUUUCACAGAGAUAGAAGAGGCUUUAGUCCUUGUCAAACAAAAGCGGCAGCAGGAACUCCCAGAACCAGAUUUUCUACAGAAAGUGGAUAUAGAAAAGGACAAAGAUGUGAGUCGUUCCCUACUGACACUGCAGGCUGAGUAUGCAGAGACGAUCCAUGAGCUGGAGAAAACACGCAACAUGUUGGUGAUCCAGCACAAGAUAAACAAAGACUACCAACAGGAGGUUGAAAUUUCUACCAACAAACUUGAAGAAGUGCGCAAGGAGUAUGAAAUGAAGCUAGAUGAGUAUGCUCGAUUAUUGGACAUUAGAGCUGCUAGGAUCAAGAAACUUGAAGCACAAUUACGAGACGUCGCCUAUGGAACCAAACAGUUUAAGAUCGCUCCACCUGUUGAUGAGGAGGAUGCCAUUGCUGACUUUGAUGAGACCAUCCACUUAGAACGUGGUCAGAAUCUAUUUGAAAUCCACGUACAGAAGGUGUCCCUAUCUGACGAGGGUAUCAAACACAUUGGAGAUGAUGAACCAUCUAUCUUCUGUACUUGGGAAUUCUUUGAGUUUGAGAUUCAGAGUACUCCAGUACUCAAAGGCUCAAGACCUGAGUUUGACUUCACAUCACAAUAUAUAGUCAAAGUAGACGACUUUUUCUUACACUUCUUACAAAAGGAUUCCUGUACUCUAGAACUCCACCAAUCAUUUGGUCAGGACUACAGGACAAUAGCAGCAUGCCAACUGGUCUUCAAGGAGAUUUUCAACAAGACACAUGGAAGGAUUCAUGGAACUGCAACUCUAACAGGUGUUGACAGUAGUGGUGGUACUGGUAUUGGUUUUGGGAGUGUGGAGUACUGGAUAAGGCUACGUGUGCCAAUGGACCAGGCCCUCCGUUUGUACAAGGAACGAACCAAAGCCCUGGGAUAUGUGACCUCAAAUGAAAAGGCUGCAACUGAAGCGUUACAGGCACUGGAUGAGACCGCUGUCAAGAGGCCAGCAGAUAAUGUUAACGAACUUCAUGUGAAAAUCUUACGUUGUGCUAACCUCAAACCAAGACGAGAGCAUGUUCAGCCAUCGCCUUAUGUUAUCUAUCAGUUCUUUGACUUCAAUGACCAUGAUACAGUGAUUCUCGCAAGUACCAACAACCCAGAGUAUAAUGAUCACAUGACCUAUCCAGUACCGAUGACCAAAGAACUGGACCACUACCUCAAAACAUAUCAACUGAAGGUGUUUGUAUUUGAUGAUACUGACCCUGAGCAGACGGCAUACUUAGGAAUCGCAGAUGUACCACUCAUUCCAUUAGCUCACAAUAAGUCCAUCCAGGGUAUCUUUGAGCUUAAAGGAGCCAACGGCAAAAUCAAUGGAACCAUAGAAAUGGAGCUUAGAUGGCAGUAUACAUACAUCAUGCCGAAGGGUGUCCGUAUACAGGACCCACCUGUGAUUGAACCAGUUGCACCACCCUACGCCUCACCACAACAGGAACAUUCAGACUCAGAUAGGCAGUCUGUGGCUGAAUCUGACAUCACACCAGUCAAACAGAAGUCAAGGGUAGCAGCCAAGUUCCCUGACCCAACAGCUACUUCCACUCCUAUGCCAGCACCACCAGAGCGUCGGGAGGGAGAGCCAGCUAAGAAAAUUCCAAAGCGUCGACUCCACAAAGAAGAUACAGCUGAAGAGCCAUCACUCGUCAAUGAUGCUGUGAAAGGAGUGAUUUCUGAUAUCAUGCCGUCCAGUAUGUCUGACUCAAUGACAGAAACCCUACCAGCACAACCAAGUAUUCACAUGCCAGACCACCAGAGAAGCCAGAAGGGUAAAAAGCCAAUCCCUAAGGCUAGGAAAACAAUUUUCAAGGGUAAUAAUACAAAAGAAGAGAUUCAGAGUCCAAAGGAACAAUCCAAAAUGUCCGACACUAUGUUUGAAGAGGAGCGUACAGAUGAGAUUUCUGAGGAGAUAACUGAGGGUAGCCCUUCAGGCACCCUGCAGUUCACCACCGAACCUCCACCCAUGACAGAGGAAAGCAGUCAUGAGUCUGAUACUCCACAGGGAGUCAUGGAGUCUGACAGCGAAGGAGUUAUCAUGGCACCGAAACCUACAAAACGCAGCCAGAAAAAAGCUGCAGCAAAGAAGGGUAAUGUUGUAACGAUCACCGUCUCACAUCUGUCGUUAGAAGAAGGUGCUGAUGUUCUACAUAGAGAUAACAUUCGUCAGCUUUUUGUUGCCUAUAACUUCCUGGGCAUUGAGCCCCAAGAAUUGGAGACACCUUUCUCCCUCCCAAAACCCAAGCCUGGACAACAGAUUGCGUUUAACUUCAGCAAGACUUUCCAAGUGGAUAUAGAGAAGAACUACACACGAAGACAAUUUCUGGCCAGCAUGCUACUACCUGAUGAUCCUGAGCAAGGCCGGAUCCGGUUCACCAUUGUGAGCGAGCCUCCAGACGAGGACAUGGAGGGAGAUUGUGAGGAUGUGGGUAUUGCCUGGGUCAGCAUUAAGAAAAUCCUCAUGAACCAGAGGAACAUUACAGAGGAGGAUGUGGAAGUGUUGGAUGUUAAGGAUCAGAGGACUGUGAUAGGGUGUCUUAACCUGUCUGUCGAUUGCCUUUCUGCCCUCCAGGCUGUUGAGAAUGAAAUGCAAGUGGAUGGCACAUACUAAAUAGCAGAGUACUAGAUCUGAUAUAACAGGAAAAACUACAAACUGGACACACAAUAGGAGAUCUGAUAUAAUUUGUAAAAAACAAACUGUAUUUUAUAUAGUAAUGAAUAUUACUAUAUAAUGUAAUUUAUUAUCAUGGUUGUGUGUUAGUGUUCUUCUACAUCUACCCACUUAUAGCGACAUCACACAAUGUUAUGUUACCAGGGAUCUAACUUUUAUUGACAUUUUGUGACAUCACAUAAUGUUAUGUUACCAGAGAUCUAACUUUACAUUAUGUGACAUCACACAAUGUUGUGUUACCAGAGAUCUAACUUUUAUUGACAUCACACAAUGUUGUGUUACCAGAGAUCUAACUUUUAUUGACAUUAUGUGACAUCACACAAUGUUGUGUUACCAGAGAUCUAACUUUUAUUGACAUUUUUGACAUCAUACAAUGUUAUGUUACCAGAGAUCUAACUUUUAUUGACAUUAUGUGACAUCACACAAUGUUGUGUUACCAGAGAUCUAACUUUUAUUGACAUUUUGUGACAUCACACAAUGUUGUGUUACCAGAGAUCUAACUUUUAUUGACAUCACACAAUGUUAUGUUA